UACCGAGACACAGGAGUUUCUUGGGAAUUCGGGGUUGUUGGUUUCUUUUUUUCUGCAGUUCUCACUUCUCAGGCGAUCAAUCUGGUUGUUCAGGUUUCAGAAUCCAGAAAUGGGUAGUUUAAGGAAGAUCAAGUUGGGAUCUCAGGGGCUAGAGGUAUCAGCCCAAGGACUAGGCUGCAUGGGCAUGUCUGCCUUCUACGGUCCUCCAAAACCAGAGGAAGAGAUGAUUUCUCUCAUCCACCACGCCAUCGACAGUGGCAUCACCUUCCUCGACACCUCUGAUAUGUACGGUCCCUUCACUAACGAAAUUCUUCUAGGAAAGGCUCUGAAGGGGUUGAGAGAGAAAGUUCAAUUAGCUACCAAGUUUGGGAUUGUCGAUGCAGAUGGGAAACGGGAACUGCGUGGAGACCCAGCUUAUGUGAGAGGAGCCUGCGAGGCCAGCUUGAAGAGACUCCAAGUCGAUUGCAUCGAUCUCUAUUACCAGCACCGGGUUGAUACUCGAGUUCCCAUAGAAGUCACUAUUGGGGAAAUGAAGAAACUAGUUGAAGAGGGAAAGAUAAAGUAUAUAGGGAUGUCUGAGGCCUCUGCUUCAACAAUCAGAAGAGCACACGCGGUUCACCCGAUUACAGCUGUACAAUUAGAGUGGUCAUUAUGGACAAGAGAUGUAGAAGAAGAUAUAAUUCCUACAUGUAGAGAACUUGGAAUAGGCAUUGUUGCAUACAGUCCUCUGGGAAGAGGGUUCUUUUCAUCAGGCCCCAAUCUUAUUGACAGUUUGUCUGAUGAUGACUUUCGCAAGAACCUACCACGGUUCCAAACUGAAAAUCUUGAGCAUAAUAAACUUAUAUUUGAAAGGGUGAAUGGGAUCGCCACGAAGAAGGGAUGCACGCCUUCACAGCUCGCAUUGGCAUGGGUCCAUCACCAGGGAGAUGAUGUCUGCCCAAUACCAGGAACCACUAAGAUUGAAAACCUCAACCAAAAUAUUGGAGCUUUGUCUGUGAAACUUACAGGAGAAGAAAUGGCAGAGCUUGAAUCCUUGGCUUCAGCUGGCAAUGUUAAGGGUGAAAGAUAUGGAUCCAUGAUGGCGACAUGGAGAAAUUCAGAGACUCCAGACCUUUCUUCAUGGAAGAGUUGAUCAAAGAAUUGAUCAAAGACAUACUUGUUGCUUUUAGUGUAUUGUCGUCCCUCUCAUGGAUCCGUGUAGCUGACCCUAUUUGUUGGGAAAAGGCUGAGUUGUUGUUGUCCUAAAUUUCCAAUGUGGCUUCUUGGAGUCUUCAAAGUGUGUUUAAAUAGAGUUGCUAGAAUCAUACUUUUGAUUACUCAUCUUAUGGUUGACCAAUAAAUUUAAUUUUCCA